CCUAGUUCACAAUUAUCGUAUGGUGGCGCCAUGAACGAUGACGCUAGGUCGCCGGGCGCUGGUAGUACACCUGGCCCUUUAUCACAACAACCACCUGUCCUAGACACAUCAGACCCUGAUGGUAAGUUCUUAUCAUCACUAAAUCCUUCAGAACUAACAUAUGAUGGUCGAUGGUGUCGAAGAGAAUGGUCAUCACCUGCCGAUGCUAGAAAUGCAGAUCCCUCAAGGCGGUUAUACUCCUCAGUCUUCCUCGGCAGUCCUGACAAUUUCGGCACAAGUGCAAGUGGUGACGCCAGUAAUGCCAGUAUAGGCAGCGGCGAGGGCACAGGCGAAGAGGAUGACGAUGCGAAUGGUAAAAAGAACCAAAAGAAACGUGGCAUUUUUCCAAAAGUAGCAACAAAUAUCUUAAGAGCGUGGCUGUUUCAGCAUUUAACGCAUCCCUACCCCUCCGAGGAUCAGAAAAAACAGUUGGCGCAAGAUACCGGCCUAACGAUACUGCAAGUGAACAAUUGGUUUAUCAAUGCGAGGCGAAGAAUUGUGCAGCCAAUGAUCGACCAAUCGAAUCGUGCAGUCUACACCCCACACCCGGGUCCAUCGCCGUACGGCCAUGACGCCAUGGGUUAUAUGAUGGACAGUCAAGCGCAUAUGAUGCAUCGUCCACCGGGUGAUCCCGGUUUCCAUCAAGGCUAUCCCCACUACCCUCCCGCCGAGUAUUAUGGCCAGCAUUUGUAAUUAACCGAUGCAGUUGAGAGUCAGGACUAUAGUCAAAGUCAUGGGCAAUCAACAUUAGAGGUGGCGACAGCAACAGCAGCUAUGGCAGCAGCAGCAGUGGCAGCAGCAGCAGUGGUGUCUACACCAAACCUAUCAACAUAGCAAAACAACAAUUAUAUAAAUUAAAAAAAAAAAAAAUAAAACAAAUAAAUAAAGCAGCAAGCAGAUAAAAUGCACACAACAGCACCAAAAUAAUAUCUGAAAAAAAAAGAAACAUAGAAGAAAAUUUCAAAACUGUAUUAAAAAAACCAGCACUCAAAUACCCUAAUGAAAGGAGAUAACGUCAGAAAAACGGGUGCUGAAAGAGAUCACCUAAAAACUCUCAAGGCAUGGACAGCUGUAAGCAACAUCACCGUGUGCGGAACUAUCUUUUAUUGCUGCAUUAGUGCUGACAAAACCACCAUAACCCCCUCGUCCCGAAAAAGAACAACAGAUUCACUCAUCUUACAGAACUUCGGCUGCUAUUUCAAAUUCGACUUAUUCUACAGAAUCAUCACUCUUCAUAACGUAUUUCUGCGGCAAGCAUUUACACACACACAUACAUAUACAUAAAUAAAUAUGUAUUGUAUAUCAGCCCUACCAACACUUGAAACUAUAUUUUUGCUUUACUAACGCCUAACGCCUCAUAUACGUAAUUGGAUUUUAAGCGUACCAAAAAUAAUUUAGUUGAAAAGAUGUAUUCAUGUAAAAACUACCAAAACUUCUGAAAAAAAAUAAGUCAUCGAACUAAAUGAGACAUUUGACAACUUUGCACACUCCAGUGUUUUGGUUUUGAACAUAAUGCUGUAAAUAAUGCGAUCUACAUUUACGAUAACGAAAAAGCGCUAAGCACCCAUAGAGUCAAAAGACGUAAAUUUCAGCAUGGAAACCAGUGAUCGAUCAAAACAAUAUUCAAAAUUAAAAUCUAAAAAGUUAAACAAAAACUUUUGGCUACAUGUAAAACUUUGUGAAAAAAGUGAAUGUAAGAAAAAUUAUUUGAUAAAUGUAAAUGUAAAAAAACCUGCAACCAGAAAUGAAUUUAAAUUGUUAUGUUAAAAAAAAUUGUAAACUAUACCCAGUACAUACAUAUAAAUGUAUAUAAUUUGUGAUCAAAUAUGUUUUAAUAGAUUAGACAAAGUAACUUACAGCAGAAAAAGGAAAUAAAAUUACGUUUGCUAUUUUGUAACAUAUUAACAUACAUAUUUACCUUGCGCUUUGUUGUAAAUGAAAAAAGGGUUGUUUCAUAUUAUGUUAUUUCCGCUUUGUUUACUAUAAAAAUUUCUAAACUAAACAUUUUAAAUUUAUUAAAUAACUCA